AUGGAUAGAAAGAACAAAGACAAUGGAAGGGCAGCCAGAAGGCAAGUAUUGCUUCUCUUAAUAUUAUCAUAUUCCUACUGUACUGCUUCAGAAGAAAUUGGCUUUUCAAUACCUGAAGAGAUGACUAAGGGAUCUGUAGUAGGGAAUCUUCUCAAGGAUUUGGGACUGAAUAUCCAAGAGCUGUCUAGGAGAAAUUUGAAUGCUGUCUCUGUAGAUCAAAUGCAUUAUUUCAGUAUCAAUGCCAAAAAUGGAAACCUCUAUGUGAAUGACAGGAUUGAUCGGGAAGAACUAUGUGAUACAAUUCUUCUUUGUCUUGUUAAUAUGGAUGUAGUACUUGAAAACCCUCUGAAUGUUUUCCAUAUAUCGAUCACAAUCCAGGACAUUAAUGAUAAUGCACCCAAAUUCCUCAAAGACAAUAUCCAUUUGGAGGCAAGUGAACUAACCUUGCCAGGUACAAGAUUUCAGGUAGGGAAAGCAGAAGAUCCAGAUGUUAGCCUGAAUUCUGUCCAGAAUUACAUACUGAGUCCAAAUCAAUACUUCUCCCUGGAAGUUAGAGAGAGAAAAGAUGGACUUAAAUAUGCAGAACUGGUGCUGCAGAAACCCCUCGAUCGGGAAAGUGAACAGAGCUUUCACUUGAUUCUUACCGCCCUGGAUGGGGGUGAACCAAGGAAAACUGGGACUGCCCAUAUAUGGAUUAAUGUCACUGAUGCCAAUGACAACCCACCCAUUUUCACUCAAGAUACAUAUACAGUUAAUUUGAAAGAAAGCGUUCCGGUUGGAUCCCUUGUGCUUCAGGUGGAAGCCUCUGAUAAAGAUGAAGGGACAAAUGCCCAAAUCACAUAUCAUUUCACCAAUUUACCACCUACUGCAAAGGACAAAUUCAGCCUGGAUUCUUCAAAAGGAACUGUCAUUCUUAGUGCCCUACUGGAUUUUGAAGAAAUAAAACAAUAUACAAUGACAGUUGCAGCAAAAGAUGGGGGCGGUUUAAUAGCACAUUCCAAUAUUGAAAUAAGUGUUCUAGAUGAGAAUGAUAAUCCCCCAGAGAUAACUCAAACCUCUGUGUUCAGUCCAGUUCCUGAAGAUUCGCUUCCUGGGACACUGAUUGCUCUCCUCAGUAUAAAUGACAAGGAUACUGGUGAUAAUGGAGAGGCUACUUGCUAUUUGCAGAAUAAUUUGCCAUUUAAGAUACUUCCAUCAUCUAAAAAUUACUACAAGCUCCUUACAGACAGACCUCUGGACAGAGAAAAGGCAUCUCAGUAUAAUAUUACAAUCACAGCCAUUGACAAAGGAACCCCUCCACUGAGCACAAACAAAACCAUCAUGCUGCAGAUCUCUGAUAUCAAUGACAAUGCUCCUGCUUUUGAGAAAGCUUCCUACAGCAUCUACGUGCCAGAGAACAAUCCUUCUGGUGCCUCCAUCUUCCAGAUUCAAGCCUUUGAUCCGGAUCUGGAUCAAAACUCACAUAUCACAUAUUCAAUCCUCACCAGCAACAUUGAAGAACUUCCCAUCUCCUCCUAUAUCUCCAUUCAUUCUGAGACCGGCAUCAUCUACGCCCAGCGAUCCUUUGACUAUGAGCAGUUCAGGGAAUUCCAGCUGCAGGUGAAGGCCCAAGAUGGCGGGAGUCCCCCUCUCAGCAGCAACGUCACAGUCAGGGUGUUUAUCCUGGAUCGGAAUGACAACAGUCCCCAGAUCCUGUCCCCUUCACCAGACUCCAAGGACUCUGCCCUCUUUGAGAUGGUUCCUCGUUCAGCCGAGGCAGAUUAUCUGGUAACAAAGGUGGUGGCCGUGGAUGCUGAUUCCGGACACAACGCCUGGCUCUCCUACCAGCUGAUUCAAGCCACAGAACCGGCCCUCUUCACUGUUGGCUCCCAUACGGGUGAGAUCAGGACAGCAAGAACUUUUAUGGAAAGAGAUGCUGUGAAACAGAGACUGGUCCUUCUGGUGAAGGAUAAUGGACAACCGACUCUCUCGGCCUCUGUCACUCUGAACCUGGUGUUUGCUGAGAACUUCCAGGAGGCCCUUCCGGAGAUGAAAAACCAGAUAAACAGCUCAGAGGAUCAGUCGGACUUGCAGUUCUAUUUGGUGGUGGCCUUAGCAGUGAUGUCAUUUUUAUUCCUCUUGUCAGUGAUUCUGGCCAUUGCCAUCAAACUCCGGCAGUCAGGAAAUUCUAGUUUCUUACCAUGUUUUGCUCCCGUUUCCCAUUCCACAGCUGGGGUUAUAUUUCCACCCAAUUUUCAGGAUGGGACUCUGCCUUAUUCCUACCAGCUUUGCCUCUCCUCAGAAUCCAGAAAGAAUGAAUUUACCUUCCUGGCACCAAACAUUCAUGUUGCAGAGAACAUGCUUUGUGGUGGAAAAAGUGAAAUGCCUCUUUCGAGCAAUGGAGAAAGCAAUUUGCAUCCUAAGGUAGAAAAUAAUGAAAAGUAUUCUUCAAGGGAAAAGGCAAUUACUAUUUCUACUGAUAUUUCUUUCAAACCCAAAAGAAUUUGGUCAGAACAUAAGAAGCUGGGAAAAAGAAACGGCCCCAUGCGGAAAAGAGUGAUGGAGAGAAGGCACAGAAGGAAUCAUAGGGCGCUCUCAAGGCAAGUACUGCUUCUCCUGAUUUUGUCAUCCAUCCACCACACUAUUGCAGAACAAAUUCAUUAUUCCAUACCUGAGGAGAUGUCGAAGGGUUCCAUAGUAGGAAAUCUUGCCAAGGAAUUGGGAUUAAAAGAAAAAGAAUUAAAAUACCAUAAAUUACAUUCUGUAUCUUUGGAUAAAAUGCAGUUUUUGAUGAUCAAUGCAGACAAUGGAAAUCUUUAUGUAAAUGACAGGAUAGAUAGAGAAGGAAUCUGUGGGAAAAGCGUUCCGUGUCUUGUUAACUUAGAAGCUGUGAUGGAAAACCCUCGAAAUGUUUUCCAUAUAUCAGUGACAAUCCAGGAUAUUAAUGAUAAUGCACCCAAAUUCCUCAAAGACAAUAUCCAUUUGGAGACAAGUGAAUUAACUUUGCCAGGUACAAGGUUUCUCAUUGGAAAAGCAGAAGAUCCAGAUGUUGGCCUCAAUUCUGUCCAGAAUUACAUACUGAGUCCAAAUCAAUACUUCUCCCUGGAAGUUAGAGAGAGAAAAGAUGGACUUAAAUAUGCAGAACUGGUGCUGCAGAAACCCCUCGAUCGGGAAAGUGAACAGAGCUUUCACUUGAUCCUUACCGCCCUGGAUGGGGGUGAACCAAGGAAAACUGGGACUGCCCAUAUAUGGAUUAAUGUCACUGAUGCCAAUGACAACCCACCCAUUUUCACUCAAGAUACAUAUACAGUUAAUUUGAAAGAAAGUGUUCCGGUUGGAUCCCUUGUGCUUCAGGUGGAAGCCUCUGAUAAAGAUGAAGGGACAAAUGCCCAAAUCACAUAUCAUUUCACCAAUUUAUCACCUACUGCUGAACAAAAAUUCAGAUUGGAUUCAAUUAAAGGGACAAUUUAUCUCGCAGAGUUGCUGGACUUUGAAGAAACAGAAGAGUAUACAAUAUCAUUUGCAGCAAAGGAUGGAGGUGGAUUGGUGACCCAUUGCAAUAUUGAAAUAAAAAUUUCAGAUGACAAUGACAACAUUCCAGAAAUACAGUUAGCUUCUAUGUUUAACCCAAUUCCUGAAGACUCUGAUUCUGGAAACUUAAUUGCUCUUAUAAAUGUUAAAGACAGAGACAUUGGUGAUAAUGGAAAGGUUAUUUGCUACUUGCAAAGUGAUUUGCCAUUCAAGAUUCUUCCAUCUUCUAAAAAUUACUACAAGCUCAUGACAGAUAAACCUCUAGAUAGAGAGAAAGCAUCUCAGUAUAAUAUUACAAUCACAGCCAUUGACAAAGGAACUCCUCCACUGAGUGCAAACAAAACCAUCAUGCUGCAGAUCUCUGAUAUCAAUGACAAUGCUCCUGCUUUUGAGAAAGCUUCCUACAGCAUCUACGUGCCAGAGAACAAUCCUUCUGGGGCCUCCAUCUUCCAGAUUCAAGCCUUUGAUCCGGAUCUGGAUCAAAACUCACACAUCACAUAUUUAAUCCUCACCAGCAACAUUGAAGAACUUCCCAUCUCCUCCUAUAUCUCCAUUCAUUCUGAGACCGGCAUCAUCUACGCCCAGCGAUCCUUUGACUAUGAGCAGUUCAGGGAAUUCCAGCUGCAGGUGAGGGCCCAAGAUGGCGGGAGUCCCUCUCUCAGCAGCAACGUCACAGUCAACGUGUUUAUCCUGGAUCGGAAUGACAACAGUCCCCAGAUCCUGUCCCCUUCACCAGACUCCAAGGACUCUGCCCUCUUUGAGAUGGUCCCUCGUUCAGCCGAGGCAGAUUAUCUGGUAACAAAGGUGGUGGCUGUGGAUGCUGAUUCUGGACACAACGCCUGGCUCUCCUACCAGCUGAUUCAAGCCACAGAACCGGCCCUCUUCACUGUUGGCUCCCAUACGGGUGAGAUCAGGACAGCAAGAACUUUUAUGGAGAGAGAUGCUGUGAAACAGAGACUGGUCCUUCUGGUGAAGGAUAAUGGACAACCGACUCUCUCGGCCUCUGUUACUCUGAACCUGGUGUUUGCUGAGAACUUCCAGGAGGCCCUUCCAGAGAUGAAAAACCAGAUGAACAGCUCAGAGGAUCAGUCCGACUUGCAGUUCUAUUUGGUAGUGGCCUUAGCAGUGAUGUCAUUUUUAUUCCUCUUGUCAGUGAUUCUAGCCUUUGCCAUCAAACUGCGGCAGUCAGGAAAUUCCAGUUUCUUACCAUGUUUUGCUCCUGUUUCCCAUUCCACAGCUGGGGUUAUAUUUCCGCCCAAUUUUGAAGAUGGGACUCUGCCUUAUUCCUACCAGCUUUGUCUCUCCUCAGAAUCCAAGAAGAAUGAAUUUACUGUUCUGACACCCAAUGUUCAAGUUGCAGGCAACAUGCUUAGUGGUGAAAAAUCCAAUGCACUUUUCACAGGAACUGUAGAAAAGAAUUUAAUUUCCAAAAUAAUAGAUAAGGUAUGGUUUCUUCAAUAA